CCUCUCGGUAGUCUCCACUGUCGCUUUGCAUCCCCCUCCCUGCGGAGCCGUCUUGGCCUGCCGGCACAUACGCAGGUGUAGCUUUGCUUGCACUUGGGUGUUGCUCUUUGAUUUUAGGUCUUUCUUUUUUGGAUCUCUUUUGAGGAGGAUAUGCCCUGAGCUAAACCAGCCAACGCUAGCCACCGAUAUCUAUGUCUGUCGCCUCAGAGACAAGAUAAAGAGGAUAGGGAGGAAACAAAAAAUACAUGGAUGAAUAAAUAAAUGGCACAUUUAUUUUAAAUUUCGUAAUAGCGGACAAACUUGUAGUUUCCGUAAUUCAAAGCUUGUUUAAUUUACCGAAAUCCUGGUUUUCCCAACUUUUUGGGUGACUUUGUUUUAUUUAUUUUGUGUCGGUUUUUUAAGACCUUUCAAGAUCGUUCUAAUCUUAAUUCAUUAAAGUUUGCUCGAAAUUCACAUAUGAUGUAAUGGUACCGCUCAGUAUUUGAUCUUUAUGUCACCAACCUUUACUUGUCUCAGGACGAACAACAGAACCACACAGGUGCUUUUUCUACCAUGUUCCUGACCGCUCUCUCUUUCUUUUCCUCUUCCUCUAAUCCUCUAAAGUUGUGCUUUCUCUUGCUUUGUUUUCCAAAUGUUUAAGAUAUGUUUUUUUUUCUUAAUAUUAAGUAAUUUUCAUUAUAUCAAGACUAUUUAGACUCAAGAAUGUGUUUUUCUCACAUUAAACCCUCAGAUUUAGUGUAUCUUAAUACUGAACAGAGCAGCCUUUGCCUUUUAUUUUUAAAUUGACUCAUAUGCAAUGCAGUACUUGUUUUGUAUCACUAUUCAAAACAAGUGAACAAGAUUUGGACUUGAGUCAGCAUUCUAGCUAAUUCUAGGACAUUAACUAAAUGUAUAUCGUCUCUGUUAAUUAAAUUAAUAAUAUAACCAGAUUACCAGGCAAGCAUUACCUUUCUGUUCCUAUGACUGCUGAAGGCACUGUAGUCAAGGCAACGCUCCCCGUAAAUUAAGGACUAUUUUAACAACAGCUAAAAUGGUUGACGACCUUAAGUGAAAUCACAAGUGGGAUUGUCCACCCAGAUGUGGACAAAGAUUGGAUUGAUCAAUCUCACCAGUUGGUACAGUCCACCAGGUAGGCUGGUAGACGGAUCCAUCUACCCAUCAUGCAUCUGGGUGGCGUCACUUGAGGAUGGAUUUAGAGAGAUUUGAUCCCACCUGGUGGUAAACCAUCAAACGGGGGGCCCUUAAAUGACCUCCAGCUGUGUUAUUCUUCCCUCCGCUCACCCACUCCCUCCCGAACCCAGGAUCAAGCCUCUAAGGACAAGGCCCUGCAGAACAUGGCCGCCCUGUCGUCGGCCCAGAUCGUCUCCCCGAACCUCAUCAAGAGCCACCUGCCCCCGCUGCCCCCAGCACCCUACCCCAACCCAGCCAGGUUCUGGCCUUCAUCAAUCCCAGGGCAGCCUGGACCUUCUCAGGAUCUGGUUCUAGAUCUCAACCACGGGAGGCAUCUGGGCCUUGGUCGCAACAGCCACGCUCUCAAACCUUUUCCACAGUCUCCCUACUCCAACCCGGGCCCUUUACCCCCACCCAUAUCAAACUACGAGCCCCUCGCCCCCCCGCCGCCCCCUGCGGCCACGGCCGUGCCCGUGUGGCAGGACCGAACCAUCGCCUCCUCCAAGCUGCGCAUGCUGGAGUACUCGGCCUUCAUGGAGGUCCAGAGGGACCCCGACAACUACAGCAAACACCUGUUUGUUCACAUCGGCCAGACCAACCCGUCGUACAGCGACCCCCUACUGGAGGCGGUGGACAUCCGGCAGAUCUACGACAAGUUCCCCGAGAAGAAGGGCGGCCUGAAGGAGCUGUACGAGAAGGGCCCGCAGAACGCCUUCUUCCUCGUCAAGUUCUGGGCGGACCUGAACAGCAGUGGCAUGCAGGACGGGCCCGGGUCGUUCUACGGCGUCAGCAGUCAGUACGGCAGCGCUGAGAACAUGACCAUCACCGUGUCGACCAAGGUCUGCUCCUUCGGCAAGCAGGUGGUGGAGAAAGUCGAGACGGAGUACGCGCGUAUGGAAGGGGGGAAGUGUGUGUACAGGAUCCAUCGCUCGCCCAUGUGCGAGUAUAUGAUCAACUUCAUCCACAAGCUCAAGCACCUGCCGGAGAAGUACAUGAUGAACAGCGUACUGGAGAACUUCACUAUUCUACAGGUGGUGACGAACCGGGACACUCAGGAGACGUUGCUGUGCAUAGCGUUUGUGUUUGAGGUGUCCACCAGUGAACACGGAGCCCAGUACCACGUCUACAGACUAGUCAAAGACUAACCCCCCCCCUCUUGUGAAGAGACCCCCAAAGUGUGACACAAACUCCCCCUCCGACGGCUCAGCCACCCAGGAAGCACCCAGACUCUCUUGUGUCGGACCUACAUCCAAACGUUUUUUUCCUCUUCAUCUACCAAAAAAAAAACUCCAACAAGAAAAUGUGGCGAUGGGUGCGGAGAAGGCAUUCUCAGCCAGGAGCAGCAUCAGCAAAAAAAUAUAUUUUAAAGAAUUGAGUUUUUAACGGUCAGCUAUAUAUUUUUUUUAGUUUUGAGACACAAACAGAUGAAGUACCUUAUCAACUAUGCAACGACAGCAGAUGGACACCAAAAUGUUUUUAAUCGAGGGAAUGAGGAAGUGUUGGGGUUUGCAAUGAUUCUUAUAGCAAUCAAGGGAAAACGCUAAGCAAUAAGAGUACGAAUGACGACGUCACAGAGCAAAGAGCAAAGCACCACAGAAGAAGAAACGUGUUUUUGUUGUUGUUGUCGUUGUGGUUGUUGGCGAUCCUACCAACAAUCAAAGACAGGACAAUAAGUGCCUUUUUUUCUCCAAAGAUUACAUCCUGACUCGCCACUUUGGAGCAUUUUUUAAUACUACCUCUUGUUUUUUUUGUAAGUAAACAGAAACAAGCCAGAUACAAGUAUAUUCUGUCAUUGAAAAAGAGGAUCCAUCGCCGUGCGUCGUUCUCAUAGACCCGCCACAGAGCUGUCGAGACCCCGGUCUCUCCCGGGCUCACACGGGGAAGAAAUUGAGUAUUUGUAUUUUUAUUUUUCCUUUGUGUGAGUUGUUUUACAAAAAUACAAUGAUGGAGUUAUACAGUCCAAAUGUACAUAAAAAGAAGAUUGAUUGUGUUGCCAAUUUCGCCAUAUCAUGUAGCCUUUCGUCUCAUCCUGUUUUGUUACACAGUAGAUAAUCAGGUCGUGCCAUAUUUAACUGGUGUAUUACAGUUUGGAAACGUCGUUCUAUUUGCUAGCCUUACUAUAAACCAUCCUUCCAUGCUCUUCCCCUGUGUUUAAAGGGCUGUUUUACAACCCGGUGCGAGACUUGCAAUCCAUUACAAGCCAUUUUCAAAACAGACCCUUUAGUGAUGUCACAAGUGGGAGUAUCCACCCAGAUGCAUGCUGGUAUGUUGACUAGAUCAGCCUACCAGUUACAGACCCUUUAGUGACGUCACAAGUGGGAGUAUCCACCCAGAUGCAUGCUGGUAUGUCGACUAGAUCAGCCUACCAGUUACAGACCCUUUAGUGACGUCACAAGUGGGAGUACUAUCCACCCAGAUGCAUGCUGGUAUAUUGACUAGAUCAGUUGGUUCGGUCCAACGGACAGGCUGAUCGUUUAUCUCCCAUCAUGCAUCGGGGGGGAGUGGCUUGUAAAGGGGAGUCAACGCCACAACCGGUGGCAAAAUAGGGCCCCUUUAACGACCCAUCACGGAACGGUGGCUGGACAACAGACAACGAGCGUCAUGAUCUGCCUUAUGACUUAUGUAGCCUAACUAAGAUUGUUUCUGUACUGUGAUGUGUGUCCACGGAUGCUAAAGGAAUACGUUGUUACAUAGGAGUAUUUCGUGGGGACUUACAUUCACGUUUUGUGAUUAACUUAAACACAGCACGGAGACAUCGUCCGCUCGAUGUGAUGAAAUACUAAACAGACAAACAAACGAAUAACGAAUAGUGUGUGGCUUGAGUGCCACAUACCGAGCCUUGAGGGACAAAAACCUUUUUAUUUUUUACUAACAUCUUUAUACAAGUGCUUAAUUUCAACGUGGGCGUAUUCGAGACGGAGAUAGUGUCUCUGUGCUGUGGCGUGUGACCAUUGAUUGUUAUUUAUAUAGGGGUUGGAAACGUGUGGUUACUGGUGAUGUAUUUGUACUCUUCUGCAGAUGUUAAAAGAAUCACAGAGCUGAUACCAAGGACAAAGGGCGGCCUCACUAGACACGCCAUGAUGUCUGGAGUGGGUGUGCUUGAAUCUAUAUUUACUCUAGAUAUUUAUUUAUCUAUAUAUAGACAUACACUGUCUUUAUAUAGAUGUAUAUAUAUAUAAAGUAUUUUAAAAAACUUCAAUUUGACUUUCCGUGACGUACCGGUGUUUCAGAAGCAUUACACAAUAGCACUCUUAUCAGUUUUCUAAAUGUUUCUUUUAUACAGACAAUUUUUUAUCAAAAUUAAUGUUUUUUUUGUUUUUCUGACUCCUGUUUUCUCUUGGACUUUCAGCGGUCGCCAUAUGCACCACUGAGAAUAACGUGUGAUCGUGUGGAUGUUGAUAAAGAAUGAGGAGCUCUCUAAUGUAUCCUGUUCAGAAGGGUGUAGGCAGUUUGUUUUUCUCGUUUGUUAAAUGGUGGUUUACUAUUGUUUCGGUUAUACCAUUGUGCAUUGCAAUUUUAUAUUUUCUGUUAUCUUCUAAAUAGGGAUUGUAAUCAAACAAAAUGUAUCUAACAAUAAAAGACGCAUUUGGGGCCAUUUGCCCCAGAAUACAUAAUAAAUGUGUUUUAAAAUUUGUUUUGUCCACUUUAUUUUCUGGAUCACUCUACCUCAACCUUUUCUAUGUAUUCUAGAGCAGACAUGCUAAUAAUAUUUACUGUAUUAUUGAAUAUAUGAAUAGCAGAAGCUCACCAAACUCCUAAUCAAGUUUUGGGCUAUGCACACAAUUUAUAUCUAAGGUCAAUAAGAUAUUAUCUCAAGACAGAGCUGUCUUGAGGAAAAGAGGGAUAGGGUCUGCUUUGGCGUGUGACCAUUGAUUGUUAUUUAUAGUGAGGUUGGUAACGUUGGUAACUGGGGAUGUGUUUGUUAUGUUGUGCAGAUGGUAAAAUAAUCAAUGAUAGC